AUGGGUGUUGCGGUACGAUAUGUGGAUAAGAAUGGAUGUCUCAAUGAACGUCUUCUUAGUAUUGUGCAUGUCAGUGAUACGGUUGCAACCACACUUGAGAAGGCACUUGAUUCUUUGUUAUCGACUCAUGGUUUAAGUGUAUCAAGUUUGAGAGGUCAAGGAUAUGAUGGUGCAAGCAACAUAAGAGGAGAAUUCAAUGGGUUGAAAAGUUUGAUUCUCAAGAGAAAUCUUAGUGCUUAUUAUGUGCAUUGUUUUGCACAUCAGCUUCAACUCACAAUUGUUGUUGUUGCUAAAAAACAUACAAGUAUUGGAGAUGUGCUACGAGAGAGUCAAAGAGCGAAGGUUGUUGAAGGGAUUGCAAGUGAUGAAAUUAAUACCGGAAGAGGAUUAAAUCAAGAGAAGUCAUUGACACGACCCGGAGAUACUCGUUGGAGUUCGCAUUAUGGUACUCUCAUCAACUUGAUGCAUUUAUUUUCUUCUAUUAAUGAUGUUCUUGAGUAUGUUGGGGAGAAUGGUUAUGAGGAUGCACAUAGGGCUGAAGCUUUGGAUGUGCAAGAAAUUCUAAAUCAUUUUGAGUUUAUCUUUGUGUUGCAUCUUAUGAGGAAACUCUUGGGAAUUACACAUGAUCUCUCUCAAGUUCUACAAAAGAAGGAUCAAGACAUUGUUAAUGCUAUGAAUCUUGUCAAAGUAGCAAAAACACGUUUACAAGUAAUGAGGGAAAAAGGUUGGGAGGUUUUGCUUACUGAAGUUACAAAGUUUUGUAGAACAAAUGUGAUUGAUGUGCUUGAUAUGGAAGAUGAGUGUGUAGUUAGAGAAAGAGGAAGGCGUAAAAUUGAGAAAAUAAAAAAUCUCCACCAUUAUCGAGUUGAGUUGUUUUGUUCAGUCAUUUAUAUACAAGCUCAAGAGUUGAAUCACCGGUUUAAUGAAGUCAACACAAAUUUACUUCUGUGUAUGACAUGUUUUGAUCCUAGAGACUCAUUUUCUGCAUUUGAUUCAGAGAAGCUGCUUCGCCCUGCCAAGUAUUAUUUAUCUGAAUUUUCUGAAGUUACUUUGUAUGAGCUUGAAAGUCAGCUUGAUAACUUUAUUUUUGAUGUGCGCACAGAUGAAAGGUUUUCAAAAGUAUCGGGAAUUGCAGGUCUUGCUCGGAAUAUGGUUUCUACAAGGAAACAUGAGAAUUUUCCGUUGGUUUAUUUGUUAAUUAAACUGUCAUUGCUCUUACCCGUUGCCACUGCUUCAGUAGAAAGAGCUUUUUCAGCAAUGAAGCUCGUUAAGACUUCUCUACAGAAUCGUAUGGGAGGGCAGCUAUUGAAUGAUUGCUUAGUUCCUUAUAUUGAGAAGGAUGUGUUUGUUAAUGUAACUAAUGAAGCUAUUAUGCAGCGGUUUCAGAAGAUGAAAAGUAGAAGAGGAGUGUUAUAA